AUGCCCCUUGACACAAUCUACUUGACUCGGCACGGCCACCGAUUGAAUUGGACAAUCGACUACAGAACCGGCACAUACAGCUCUCAAUUUCCCACACCCACAGGGAAUCCCUCCGACCCAACCUUGACCUCCCACGGUGUUCAGCAGUCGCAUGAGCUCGCGGCUCAUCUCGUUAGCGGGGAUGUUAUGCCGAAGCCGUUCAGGGUCUAUUCAAGUCCGUUUUGGAGGUGCCUGCAGACUAUUGAGCCGGCUGUGAGGGCUUUGAAAGGCGCGAAGGAGAUGUCGAAGGGUAACGAAGUCGGAGGAGAGACGGGAGGGAUUGACAUGAAUGCGGAGUUUGAAAUUAGAGUGGAGAAUGGGCUUGGAGAAUGGUUCGGCUCAACAACCUUCUUCCAUCACCCUACGCCUCCGUCGCUCUCAACACUGCUAUCACUCCCGAAGUCCAACUUCGAAAAGAGCGAACCGCCAUUCACUUUGGACACCACGCGCAGCGUACCCCUCCUAUACACAUCCACCCAGGGCGAGUCUAUUCCCCAACUCCACAAUCGCCUUGCAACAACUCUAGCCGGUAUAAUCCGUGAAGUCGACGCCGAAGUCUUCGAGCUCGAGGCCUCUUUACCCCCCGAACAGAGAUCAAGCAAAGCAAUUCUUAUAUGCUCGCAUGCGGCGCCGCUGAUCGCUAUUGGGCGCGUGCUGACGGGCCAUAUGCCGGAGGACUCAAGCGAGGAAGAUUUUCAUGUGUUUACAGCGGGGCUGAGUACGUUUCGGCGGAGGAGGAAUGAGGCUACGUAUAGGCUUGGAUAUGUUGCGCAGAAGAGGGAGGGUAAGGCGCUGGCGGAGGGGACGAGGAUUACGGAUCCAACCACUACGGCUGUGCCUGAAUGGGAAGGAGGGAAGGGGGUGGGGGGUGGCUGGGACUGUGUGGUGAACGGGGAUUGUAGUUUUUUGAGCGGUGGUGCAGAGAGAGGCUGGCAUUUCAAUGGGGAGGAGUCGUUUGAUACAGGGCCCAUGGCAGACACGGCGAGUUCAGCGGAAGGGGAGAUGCGGUUGGGGAACAAGUUAUAG